AUGGCUUUUGCUGUUGAAGAGAUAAACAACAGCAGUGAGCUCCUUCCAAACUUGACCCUUGGCUACAGUCUGUAUGAUAACUGUGCCACACUGGGUAUUGGCUUCAGUGCAGCUCUGUCAAUGGCCAGUGCCCAGACAGAAAGCUUUGUGCUACAGAAAAACUGCACAGGGAUUCCUCCUGUCAUUGGUAUUGUGGGUGAUCCCUUCUCCACAUUUUCUAUUGCAAUAUCAAAUGUUCUGGGGUUAUUUCAAUUGCCAAUCGUAAGUUAUUUUGCCACAUGCUCUUGUUUGAGUGACCGCCAAAUGUUUCCUUCCUUUUUCCGGACAAUUCCAAGCGAUGUCUUUCAGGUCCAUGCAGUAAUCCAGAUACUGAAACAUUUUUCCUGGACAUGGGUAGGACUUCUGGUCAGUGAUGAUGAUUAUGGCCUCCAUGUUGCCAGAUCUUUCCAGACAGACUUUGCCCAGACAGGUGAAGGAUGCCUGGCUUACACUGAGAUCCUGCCCUGGGGUUAUGAUCGGGACAUUUAUAGUAAAAUAGUUGAUGUGAUCAAAAGCUCAUCUGCCAAAGUCGUCAUUGUCUUUGCCCAUCAGAUGCAUAUGAUUCAACUCAUGACAGAGGUGGUUAAGCAGCAUGUUAGAGGCUUGCAGUGGAUUUCCAGUGAAGCUUGGACAUGCGUUGAGGGACUUCAAACUCAUGAAUUCAUGCCAUAUUUGUCUGGAACAUUGGGCAUUGCAAUCCGGCGAGGCGAGAUGCCAGGAUUCCAACGCUUUCUACUAAGCAUAAAUCCAAAAGAAAAUUAUAUAAAAAAGGACAUGGUACACCAGUUUUGGGAGCACACAUUUGAGUGUAGGUUUCCCCCAGCUCCUGCAGGGUGGACUGAAGCUGGAGGAGCUUUGUGUAAUGGACAUGAAGAUCUCCAGAACAUAGACACUGAGUUUCUGGAUGUAUCCAACCUCAGACCAGAGUAUAAUAUUUACAAAGCUGUGUAUGCUCUGGUUCAUGCUCUGGACGACUUGUUGCACUGUGAACCAGGGAGAGGGCCUUUCCCUGGGACCAGUUGUGCCACUCUGCACACACUGGAGCCAUGGCAGCUCCUGUAUUAUCUGGAAAGGGUUCACUUUAGAACACAAUUUGGAGAUGAGGUAUCAUUUGAUGAGAAUGGGGAUGCUUUGCCCAUAUAUGACAUUAUGAACUGGCAAUGGCUCCCAAAUGGACAAACAAAAGUUGUAAAGGUGGGUGAAUUCAAGAAAUCAGCCCUCCAAGAAGAGAGGAUUAUACUCUAUGAGCAUAAGAUCUUGUGGAAUAUGCAGUUCGCAAAGUCUCCUCAGUCAUUGUGCAGUGAGAGCUGUCCUCCAGGAACCCGCAUGGCCAGACAGAGAGGUCAGCCUGUGUGCUGCUUUGAUUGUAUCGCCUGUUCUGAGGGCACCUUCAGCAACUUCUCAGACUCCAUGGAGUGCCAUGUGUGUCCAGAGGACUUCUGGUCCAGUCCUGCUCGUGACCAGUGUGUUCCUAAGAAAACAGAGUUCCUGUCCUACCAUGAGCCUCUGGGGAUCUGCCUGACCACAGCCUCACUGCUGGGAGCAUUUAUUUGUGCCAUUGUGUUUGGCAUCUUCACAUAUCACCGCAGCACACCACUGGUCAAAGCCAAUAAUUCAGAAAUGAGCUUCCUGCUCCUGGUGUCUCUCAAACUGUGUUUCUUGUGCUCACUGCUGUUCAUCGGACGUCCCAGACUGUGGACAUGCCAGUUGCGACAUGCAGCAUUUGGGAUCAGCUUUGUUCUGUGUGUCUCUUGUAUUCUGGUGAAAACCAUGGUGGUGCUGGCUGUGUUCAAGGCCUCCAAACCAGGAGGUGGGACCACCUUGAAGUGGUUUGGUGCAUUACAGCAGAGGGGGACUGUAUUUGCUCUUACAUCGGUUCAAGCCGUCAUCUGCGUUGCAUGGCUUGUAUCUGCCUCACCAGCACCUCAUAAAAACAUCAAAUAUCAUAAUGACAAAAUCAUUUAUGAAUGUGUAGUUGGCUCAACUAUGGGGUUUGCUGUUCUUCUGGGUUACAUUGGUUUAUUGGCUUUGUUGAGUUUUAUGUUAGCAUUUCUGGCCAGGAAUCUCCCUGAUAAUUUCAAUGAGGCCAAGUUCAUCACGUUCAGCAUGCUGAUCUUCUGUGCUGUGUGGGUGGCCUUUGUCCCUGCUUAUGUCAACUCUCCAGGUAAAUACGCAGAUGCAGUGGAGGUGUUUGCCAUCCUGGCCUCUAGUUUUGGCCUCUUGGUGGCGCUGUUUGGACCUAAAUGUUACAUAAUAUUACUGAGACCAGAGAGGAACACAAAGAAAGGAAUAAUGAACCGGUCCAAUACAAAACCAACUAUAGAAAUGUCUUGUGUUAUUUUACACCUAAUCUUGUGCUCAUUUCUGUAUUUGGACAUGGUUACAUCUCUCUCUACAUGUCAGCUGAGGAAAGAGUUUAUUCUCAAUAGUUUGCACCAGGCAGGAGAUGUGGUUCUUGGUGGACUGUUUGAGGUGCACUACACCGCUAUGUUUCCUAACAGAUCCUUUACCUCAGAACCACAGCCACCUGUCUGCCUCGGUUUUGACAUUUUAGGUUUUAGGCAUGCUUCGACCAUGGCUUUUACUGUAGAUGAAAUCAACAGAAGAUCUGAUCUGCUUCCUAACCUCACUUUGGGAUACAGUCUGUUUGACAACUGCGGGGCUCUGGUGAUUGGUUUGAGCAGUGCGCUGGCAGCAGCUGGUGGCCAGAAGCAACAGUAUGUACUUCAGGAAAACUGCACAGCACCUCCCCCUGUUAUAGCAAUCGUCGGUGAUCACUACUCAACAUUUUCUAUUGCAAUCUCUGAUGUAUUUGGCCUAUACAGAAUGCCUAUUGUGAGUUACUUUGCCACAUGCUCCUGUCUCAGUAACCGUCAAAAGUUCCCAUCUUUCUUUCGGACAAUCCCAUCUGAUGCUUUUCAAGUGCAUAGCAUGAUUCAGAUUUUGAAACAUUUUGGCUGGACUUGGGUGGGCCUUCUGGUCAGUGACGAUGACUACGGGCUGCAUGUGGCCCAGUCUUUUCAGUCAGACUUGCCAGAGGUUGGAGGAGGCUGUUUGGCUUACACUGAAACUCUGCCCUGGGACAGUAAUCCAGAGGAACUGAAGAGAAUUGUGCAUGUAAUAAAAACAUCAACUGCUCGGGUUGUCAUUGCAUUUGCACAUGAGAUCCACAUGAUUAACCUUUUGGAAGAGGUAGUGAGGCAGAAUGUGGUUGGUCUACAGUGGAUGGCCAGUGAAACAUGGACAACAGCAUCAGUGUUGCAAACUCCUAGUCUCAUACCAUAUCUUGCUGGAACAAUAGGCAUUGCCAUCCGCAGAGGAGAAAUACCAGGACUAAAGGAUUUUUUGUCAAACAUUAAACCUGAAGCAUAUUCAAAUAGACAUAAUAUGGUUAAUCAGUUUUGGGAGCACACAUUUGAGUGUAGGUUUGCCCCAGCUCCUGCAGAGUGGACAGAAGCUGGAGGAGCUUUUUGCACUGGACAUGAAGAUCUCCAGAACAUAGACACUGAGUUCCUAGAUGUGUCCAACCUCAGACCAGAGUAUAAUGUGUAUAAAGCUGUGUAUGCUUUAGCUCAUGCUUUGGAUCAGCUGCUGCGCUGUGAACCAGGGAGAGGGCCUUUCCCUGGGAAUAGCUGUGCCACUUUGCACACGCUGGAGCCAUGGCAGCUGGUCCAUUAUUUGCAAAAAGUCAACUUUUCCACUUCUUUUGGUGAUCAAGUCUCUUUUGAUGAAAAUGGUAAUGUCUUGCCAAUCUAUGACAUCAUGAACUGGAAAUGGUUGCCCAAUGGUGAAAUCUAUAUUCAGAAUAUUGGCGAGGUAAAAAAGUCAUCUGCUGAGGAAGCUUACAGAAUUCAUGAAAAUAAAAUAUUUUGGAACUUUGAAAACAAACAGCCUCCUCAGUCAUUGUGCAGCGAGAGCUGUCCUUCAGGAACCCGCAUGGCCAGACAGAGAGGUCAGCCUAUGUGCUGCUUUGACUGUAUCGUCUGUUCUGAGGGCACCUUCAGCAACUCCUCAGACUCCAUGGAGUGCCAUGUGUGUCCAGAGGACUUCUGGUCCAGUCCUGCUCGUGACCAGUGUGUUCCUAAGAAAACAGAGUUCCUGUCCUACCAUGAGCCUCUGGGGAUCUGCCUGACCACAGCCUCACUGCUGGGAGCAUUUAUUUGUGCUGUUGUGUUUGGCAUCUUCACAUAUCACCGCAGCACACCACUGGUCAAAGCCAAUAAUUCAGAAAUGAGCUUCCUGCUCCUGGUGUCUCUCAAACUGUGUUUCUUGUGCUCACUACUGUUCAUCGGACGUCCCAGACUGUGGACAUGCCAGCUGCGACAUGCAGCAUUUGGGAUCAGCUUUGUUCUGUGUGUCUCUUGUAUUCUGGUGAAAACCAUGGUGGUGCUGGCUGUGUUCAAGGCCUCCAAACCAGGAGGUGGCGCUAUUCUCAAAUGGUUUGGUAUAUUACAACAGAGAGGGACUGUUUUUACUCUGACGUGCAUUCAAGCUGUCAUCUGCAUCAUUUGGUUGAUGACUGCAUCACCUGCUCCUCACAAAAACACUGACUAUUAUAAUGACAAAAUCAUUUAUGAAUGUGUGGUCGGUUCAACAGCUUGGUUUAUUGUUUUACUUGGCUACAUAUGCUUUUUAGCUUUGUUGAGUUUUAUGUUAGCAUUUCUGGCCAGGAAUCUCCCUGAUAAUUUCAAUGAGGCCAAGUUCAUCACGUUCAGCAUGCUGAUCUUCUGUGCUGUGUGGGUGGCCUUUGUCCCUGCUUAUGUCAACUCUCCAGGUAAAUAUGCCGAUGCAGUGGAGGUGUUUGCCAUCCUGGCCUCUAGUUUUGGCCUCUUGGUGGCGCUGUUUGGACCCAAAUGUUACAUAAUUCUCUUUAGACCAGAGAGAAACACAAAGAAAGGCAUUUUGAAUCAAAGUCUAAGCAAAUCCACCAAGCAACGUUAUAGUUAA